GUAAAAUUAACUGGAAAUAUCGGUGGCCAUAAACAGUAGUUGAGCGGUCAGAAUCAGCACAUCUUCUAGCUCCAAGGAAUUGGUGGGAAGACGGUUACAGGCACAGCUCAUCCGAAAACUAUAUCCUUCGACCUUAUUGCAAAGGGGAAGACUUUCUUCUCCAAACGCCAACCAGAAAAGAAGACCCAAACAAAGAAGUCCCGAGUACAAGUGUACAACUACUAACUAGUAAAACCAAAAACUGCAUAUGUAGGAUCGGAGGAAUCCGCAAACCACCACAAGGGCUUUGGGCAAAAGGUGGGAAUCACCGCCGAAUCAGAGUGUUCAGUUCCCCAUUUACCUGACCGCCCGUGAUUCGAGGCCACCGUUGCCUACCACCGUCGCAACGGCAGGGGAGAUGGUGGGGACGGCGAGACCGGUGUUCGUGUUGUUUGGAUCCUCCAUCGUCCAGUUCAGCUAUGGUGUUGGUGGGUGGGGCGCUAUGCUUUCUGACUACUACUCUCGCAAGGAUGCUGCCACACAUCCUGCACUAGUUAUAGUCUAUUUUGGUGGGAAUGAUUCGUGCAGCCAAGACCGGUCCAUUGCUCAUGUACCUCUUCCUGAGUACUAUGAAAACAUGAAGAAGAUUGCUGCUCAUCUCAAGUGCGGAUUUCUGGUUGCCAGGGCCUUUCUGAGACGAUUCGCCUCAUCUUUCUUACUCCUCCCCCAGUCAAUGAGAAGAUGA